AUGUCCAGUUUGGUCAUGGCUUCGCCGCCCAAAGCCAAUGUUUUGAGAGUCGUCAACUUGGAGGGCUCAAGGGCCCUGGCCAAUGACGGCGUCAGAGUGGCCCAGAGGGUCGUCAACGGAACCCCUUCCCACGAUGGGCCCCUCGAUCAGAACCUCUCCAAUGCCGCCGAAGGGAGCCAACUGUUGGGUAUCAGAAGGGUCUGGGAUCCAGCAGCCAGCGCCUACACCGGCGCCGAUGAUAGUCGGAUGGCUAUCCCCUGGCCUGAUGUGGUGUACCGCCGUGAACACAUUACACUCUUCUGGCCCGUAUCCAUUGAACAGUCGGAACUGCUUGGCCCAAGCCUAGAUGACAUAAGUGAGGGCGGUUCGCCAACCAUGAUAAACGUCUCCACGGACGGGGAGUCGGUUGAAUUGGGCAGCCGAGCAACUGUGGGUAUCAGGCUCAGCUGGUUCACCCGCAUCUCCCUAACGGCUUCUGGAAUUCUGGAUCUACGCUGCUUCUCUGACGGCACGCAUGAGCAGGCACCCGUCAUGAGGGGUGACAGGAGCUCAUAA